CACAUUUCCGCGUACGUGAGGGAAUUAUCAAAACAGGUUAGUGUUUUUACUGUUUCCUCUGGGUUUUGAAAGGAAGUUUCAAGUCUUGACUUAAGGGCAUAUGAAGGAAGCCAUUUCAAGAUAACAAGAUUAUAAACACAGCCAUUUGCAGACACAAGUAAGCUUGAAAAGACUGAAGAAAUACAGGCUAUUUGAAAAAUUACAAACAUGGAGGAAAAGAUGAUGUUCGGUAUAAAUGGCAUGGAGCAAAACGAUGCAGGAGCUCUUACGCCUGAGCAGCAAGAAAAACUCAACGAAUUUAAGGUAAAUAUUCUGUUUUCUUCAACGAGAUACUUCGGUUAAGAAGAGACACACGGUUUUUAUUAUUCCAAUUUUUCACGCCCACAGAUCAACACAAGGUUUGGAAAUGAGAGAUACUUGAGGGAACAUCCAGAAGUCUCUUGUCUUUUGACUGGUUUUCUUGGGUGAGUUUCUCUUUUUGUCGUAGCGUAACGAACAUGAAAAGAAGUCUUAUGGCAUUUGAUUUGCUGCUGCUCGACUUUUUCUUGAUGAUAAGUAUUUGAACUUAUGAAUUAUAGUCAACAGUAAUAAGUUUCUUACUUUCGUGAUGUGUGUCUAAUUGCAUGAUUAGCGUGUGCUUAGCGCUUCUAAUUCUCACGUCCUAAACCAAAAGUAGCGAAUGUAGCAAACCUGGCUCACCUGACUUGCUAAAUCGUUGAAAUUUGAAAUUUGAAAACUAAAAUUGAUCAAGAGUGCAGUAUUGAUAUUGGUUUAAUAAUAAAUAAAUUACAACUAUUUUGUUCCUGUUCAUUGAGGGUUUUUAAGACAUGGAGAACAUUAACUUGUGAUAAUUUGUGUUGGUAAAUAAUGGUAAUUGAACUAAGUUGAGUGCAAUUUGGUCUAAAAACAACAUGUGAUUACAAAAUCGAAUGAGGCAAGCCGACCAAGGUGACAAGUAUGAUUUCAGACCAAAUUUGCACGACACGAAGUUCAGUAGCGCUUUAUACUAUUACUAAAAAUAGGUUUUGUCACCUUAGACCCCCCCGCGUGACUCAGACAAACUUUGCAUUCUACUCCAAGGCUUUGUAUGGGAAACAUACGUUUCCGACAUGAAAAUUGUUCAUAAAAUUCGCAGUUAGUGUUUUUAAAAUGUUGUUUGAGCAUAAUUCCAAUAUAUAAAAGGCACUACUGCUAUUGAGAGCAAAACCUGGUCCAGUAACUCAAAUAAAUGGUUAAAAUCAGAAAAUAAAGCAACUCGAUCAAAGAAGGCUACUGAAAUCGGAUCCCGGCAGAAAGCACCGCUAUGCAUUGAAACAUGACGUAACAUUAUUGGCUGUGUAAUACUCCAAAACCGAAAUUGCUAAAGAGAAAAUGGAGUUUGGAUGUGCUUCUCGCAAGCCUGUGACAGAAUAUCUAAGGUGGAAAGCACACCAAUAUUAGCACAAACCGGAAAUUGUAUACUGAGUUUGCUCUUUUGUUGUGCGGCCAGGUAGACCAUAUGAAUCCGCGACAAAUACUUUAGUACUUUAUAUCCCAUAGUACUAAGUAGCGUAACAUAAGCACUCAAAAAAGAAAUUGAGCAACCUUUGCCUAUAAAUUUAACCAAAUGCACCGUUCCACGCACAGCUAUGGAGCCCUGCUCUCCACACAUUUUAUUAACAUAAUUUUACCCACAGCAAAUAUGACACCACAUACGAAAUAAAACCACUCAUCUGUACAGUUUUUUCCAUGUUUAACGCUUUCUUGGCACGAGUUGAUUAUUUUCAGGAUAUUUAUUAUCGAAACCAAGGUGGAUUUUGUUUCCUUUAACAAUAAACAUCUCCAAAGACGACGAAAAUUUGUUGUCAAACGUGAUUUUCCCAUACUAAACUCUUACACUGGUCAGGUUUAAUGUCUGAGUCACAACAGGCACCAGAAAUUUGUGAUGUCAUUAGUAGAAAGCGCUAUUAACACUUUAUUAUAGCCGGUUUGAAAUCACAGAAUUCAGUCAGAACCAAUUCAUUGAUCAAGUAGCCGAUUUGUUGAAAAGUGGAAACAAAAAGGCUUUUACAACUCAGAAAUGAUAUGAUAUAGAACAAAAAGUUGUGUGAUUUAAAACAGAAAUGAUGUGAUUUAGAACCGUUGAAUGACGCAAUUUAUAACUGAUGUGAUUUAGAGCAAAAAAUAGUGUGAAUCUAAUUGUGGGGAUCACAAUUGAUUUCAAAAUGGAUGUAAUAAAAUAAAUUAUUAUUAUUUAGUGCUGGGUUUAACAGCCUGAUGAUUCAGACAUACAUGUACAGUAAAAACUAUUUGUAGUGAACUAAAAAGUUGGCGAGCAGGGUAUAUCACCAGACCCCAGUUGCUGUAGCGGUGGACAUCACCAUUUUACCCUGGGCAGCCUUUCAGCCAGACAUUGAAAACUGGCCGUCCAGAAGGCUUGUUGUCCUAUAAAAUUAUAAGAGAUUAAGUGAAUUUUCCGUGUAUUUCUUCCAAAAAUGGGCAUCCAUAGGAUGGCUGGACACCCUUCUGGCUAAAACCUUGAUUCUGGCUAAAUCACUUUCCACCAGAUAACACAAAUGGUUUCCUUAAAACUUAUCCACUGGAUAAUGAUCAAUGUCCAGUGGAUGUUACCCUAACAACUGGGCUCUGGUCCCCUUUGUCUUUUAUAUGAGCCUGUCAGCAAACUGAAAAGCUGGCUUUACACCCCAGGGCCCAGCUGUUGGAAGGUUGAUUAGCACUUGUCCAGGGUUAAAUUUUAAUGCGGGUUUCUUUUUCUUUUGUUAAAAAGCAUUUUCUUGGAUUGUUUUUCCUACUGUUUUUAGACGGUCUAUCCAAUCAUCAAAUUGUAGAGCAGGGCUCAAAGUUAGCGACUAACUGGUCGCAUAUGCGACUGGAUUUUUGGUUGUGCGCCUGAAAAUUCAUGUGUAAUCGCACCUGUUCGCCGUAAAACCCAAAGCACAGUGCAACUGACUUACUUCCGACUAUACUUACAAACUUGAACUAGAAAGACGGUGUAUGUUUAAUUGGUCUUUUCUCCCAAUGGAUUCUACGAACUCGAAUGUUCUUUUUCGUUUCGAUGUUUUACUCCAUCCCAGACUCUUCUGUUUUGUAAUAAACACCGCUGACACAUGCAAAUAUAUGCUACAAACGAAACACGUACUUUUUGUGCAACGGACGAUCAUGUCGAACAUUCAGUUUUAACGUCAAUCAAACAAAAACAGUGCGGAUUAAGAGCCUUUUUUCCAGGUAAGAACCGUGUUCCCCGUAAAUUUUAGUGCACCAGGUAAGGGACUAUUCAUGGCCGGUAAGGCAAAAAAAUAUGUGCCAGAAGUGCACUUUCCUGGGGGAGGGGAGGUAGUGGAGUGAGGGACAUUGGCUUUGACCUUGCUGUGAAAUUUAGAAGCUAAGUUCUCUGAAAUGUCAUUCCCUCAUUUUAAGACCUACGUUACGUAAAUCAGUCGUUGUUAUUUUUCGACAACACUAAAAAACGUUUGAUUCCAACAAUAUUACACUGUCUUCAACACUCUAGAAAAGCUGUGUGUCCUUUAGUACACUUCCAUAUAUUCAUUCAUUACUUUGAUCGGAUCAGAUAGAAACUAGUGUAUUUUUUUAAAACAACUUAUUUAGUAAACCUUCAAGCGGUUGCAGGCGGUAAGAAGUGUUGCUUCAGACGAUAAAUUUUACCGGUUACCGCCUGAUAAGGAGACCACUGUAAGAAAGUUUUUUAAGUCGUAUUCCAGUUACAUGUAAGUCAUUGCGCAUUUAACAGAUUCAUUAAAGAUUAAUUUUCAUUCUUGUUCGACACACUUAUUAUUGUCAGUUUUGAAUUGUUUUUCAAGUGUAAGUUUUCUUUAGUCACAACUGUGCUGUCAAAAAGAGAAAUUAGUAUUAAAAAUCACAACGGUAUUACUGCGUAGCAAAUCGGCUGUGUUUUAUCAAUCACAGGACUGAAGUAAAAGUAACAAACUGAAGAUGACAAAUAAACGUGGCACUGUUAAGCUUUUUACUUUUUCUAUUGAAAUAGAUGCUCCCAACAUUAUAAGCUGUGCUCCUAAAAUUUUCAGUUGUGUGCGUAAAAUUUUGGCAGUGCGCCUAAAAAUUUACAUCUGGUAGCACAAGUGCUCCCAAACUCAAAUUUAAACUUUGAGCCCUGUAGAGGAAAAGAGUAAAACUGAGUUUGCUUUUUAAGCUUUGAUAUCCAAUUCAAAAUUUAGCACUAACCCUUGGUUAUCUUAACUCACUUUUGAACAACCCAGCCUAGACCUUAAGAAUUUUAAGAGGACUGAUGGUCUUUUUUAUCUUUCACAUGUCUGCAGAAGUAUUUUGCAAGAAAGACCAGAAAAUGUCAGAGAAUAUGCAUCAAGUGAGUGAGGUUUCUUUGGUACUUUCUCAACCACAUUAGCCUGUUCACACGCCUUCUAUAUUUUUCUCUUUAGAGUGUGCACACAGGACUGAAAACCAUAAGAUUUUACUUACUUCUGGUGCAAGAGGAAAGUGCAAAUGAGAAAACAUGUUUUGUAGACAUCUUAUUUUAUUAGCUUGGAAAUAUAUUUUUUGUUAAAAUCAGUGAAACCUGUACUGAGCGGACACCCUCGGGGAAUGCUGUAGUGUCUGCUUAAUACAGGGUGUCCGCCAAAUUCAGGUUUUGAUAGAUAACGUCAUAUGAGGUGUCAAAUGCCAUUCAAAUGAACAGUGGAAACGCUUAGAAUACUUCCACAGGCUAUGAUGAUAUACGUUUGCAUUUAAUCUUUAUUAAAGUGGACCAAUAAAUUGAUCAUAGUACUUUAAACAUAGAUUGCAACUCAAAUUUGAAGAAAUCAGACAAAUAAAACAAGCUCUAUACAAAAUAGAAAAAAAGAAAUAGAAAACAAUACUGUACUGUGAAACUAAUCAAAUAAGUUCAUCAAUUCACGUUUUUUAAUGUGAAAAUCGAAAAAUUUGUGGGUGACAAUCUUUUGCAUUUCCGGUGUCUGGCAUGUUGAGUGGUAGAAUUUAAUUACAAGAGUCCGUUUAUUACAAGUUGGCAAUGAUAAAAAUGACCAUUUCAGGUACAUUGUAGGUGUCCAUGUCCGCUUAAUAGAGAUUUCAUUUAAAGUAAAGAAGGGAAAUAACUUUGGGGACUUCGGCUACUGUCCGCUUCAUAGAGGGUGUCUGCUUUAUAAAAUUCAUGAUUUGCAAUGAAGAAAUCCCUGACGCAAACACAAACUUUAAGCAGUAUCUUGCUUUGGGUGUUGGCAACGUUUGAAACCCCUGACUAGAAGUGCAUAAAUCUUCAUAUCAUACUAAGCCUUAACCCAGGAAUUGCUGAAUAUCACCCUCCAUAUUUUUCUCACUGUUCCCAUACAUUUCUUGUGAUAUUGGUGAGGAGAAUUUGUUUAAUAAUGAAGACCUUAGUACCCUAGUCCCAGAGGUUUUUCUUGAAAUUUUUAUUUGUAGACAAGCAAGUGAGCUGCAAAGCGGCAAGGAGAAAAAGAAACAAGGUUUUUCCCUCUCUCCUCCCCUCUUUGCAGCUCGCUCUUUCCUUCAUGAAGAAAAAUUUGAAGGAAAACCUCUGGGACCAGGGUAAGUCCUUAGGUAGUUACAUGGUUUGAUUAUUCCCUCCUUUCUCGUGAUCUUAAGGUAAAUAGUGUAAUCAUGACUGUGAUCUUCAAAUAACAGAAUUCUGAUUACAAAAAACUGAUUUUUUUUGUAAUGCUGAUAUUUUUGUUUAUGUUUUUAUUACAGAGUAUUUUUCAAACCCUGACUUACCCAGUAAAGUGGAAUUACAAGUUGCAGAGUUAAAUAGCAGACUUAAAAGAACAAACAGACCCUAAUGGUAAUAUCACAAAUAUCAGUGAAAUAACUUUUGCAUUUUUUAAGCUGUACUUGAUUUUAAAUAUGCUUCUGUAUAAUAUAAACUGGUCACUUUAUUUAAUUAAUCUGCCACUGUUGUUAAUCGUAAC